CCAAGGGAGUGUGAAAAGGGGAAACGUCAACUCCUGCUCAGACCCUGGUUUUGAGAUGUAUGGGAUGCCCCCUGUCCUCUGCCUAAAGCCCCCACCCUGGGACUUAAAUCUGGAGAAGUAACCAGGUAACGCACCGAGCGUGCUUUGAAGGGUGUCAGCUCAUAUGAAAACAGCAGGACCUGAACAGGACUCGCCCUGCCUGUGGUAUGGCUGAACUCUGCACCGAAAACAGCUCCCAAGAGCUUUACCACUCGGGCUAAGGAAACACAAAACUCCCCGUGGCUGUAUGUGAACUAUGAACAAAACUUAUCCUCAGAGAUUUUUUGAUGGAAUCCCUUCUGAUUCAAGAAAACUCUUCUCUGAAGAAAGAGAUUGCUGCAAGGAAUGCACUGCAUGGCUAAGGUGUACUCGAAGGUGUGUCUGUGUGUCUGCUGUCGCACUGUUUGUGCUUGGCAUUAUCGCUGCUAUCAUCGGUUUGGCUGUCACAUUUGGAAUCCCACCACGUACGCCAGUGAACCGUUUCUGUGUGACCUCCAAUAAUCGUACUGGCUUCUUGUGUGAUGACAGAGAGAGUUGCAUUCCAGCCCAUCAGGUCUGCAACCGAAUCGGAGAGUGUGCUAACGGAGAGGACGAACAGGAGACAUUGUGCAGUGAUUUACCCAAUAGCCUUCCAGGAUAUUUGAUAUUCCGCUGCAGCUAUCCUAGCUACUGGAUCUAUGCUGAUAAGAGGUGUAAUGGAUUCAAUGACUGUGGAGACUGCUCUGACGAGAUGGGGACCUUGGCUGGCUGCCCUCCUUGCGGGCCCCAGUGGUGGAGCUGCACGCCGGUGUUCUACGAGUACUGCACCUGUGUUCCCAGGAGCUUCUGCCGAGACGGAGUACAGCACUGCACGAGUUGGUCUGAUGAGUACAUCUGCAUGAGGUGAGAUGCCCAUGCCAAGAAGUAGCCAUGCAUCACUGGGCACGUUCUGCACUGCUGCCUUUUAGUCUCCUCCACCCUCAUUUGAAGUUGUUGUCCAAGAACAACGGGACCCGGUGGUUCUCUGCUCGCCACACCGCAGCGCUGGAAGGGGGAAAGCAUGGUAGCUCAGCAGGCCGACCAAAGGACUGGGGGAUGAGAACUGCUGGAUGCUAAUCCCAUGUGUUACUGAUCCACUCUGUGGUCCUGGACAGGUCACGUGCAUCUGUCUUUCUCUGUUGCCCCAGCUGAGGAUCUUACUGCUCUAAACACCCUGGGUGUGGUGAGGGUUGAUUAGUCUUCACUGACUGUAGAGGGCUUUGAAGAUGCAUCAUGCUAUCUAGGCAUGAAGCUGUGAUUGCAAAAUGUGUUUGCAAGCUUGCAGGGAGAAGUGGGAAAUCACAGUGGGUGUGGGUGCCAGCACUUUCCUUUCUUUCCUAGGACAUAUCUGACAAAUGCCAAUGUAUUGUCAAUUCAAACAGUAAUGAAGACCAGUAAGUGGUCUCUGACUGGCUUUCA